AUGCCGUGGCGACAGGUGGUCAGAGUGGCGCUCGCCGCCGGCGAAGCGCUCGGCAAGGGAUUCGCAAGGGCAGUGCAACAGGAAUUAAAAGCAACAAAACAAGCAGCUGCCACCCAGUCAUCACGCGCAGGCCAUUCCAAUUCGGAGGCAAAAACGAACCUGGCCGCAAACGCUCGAUUAGGGAUUUCGCUGGAUGAGUCGUUGCAAAUCUUGAAUGUCAAAGAGCCCCUGGAAGAGAAGCUUGUUUAUCGCGCGAAGGAACGGAUUGAUGAGGAGUUGAUGCGGAGGGAGGAGACCCCACAGAAGAAGGAAAACGGGACAAAC